GUCAUAUAUCAGUCAAAUUUUAUCAAUCUAAUAAACUAUCUGACUGACUACCCGUCACUGUAAUCAAAUUUAAUAAUUAUUUAUUAGGCACAUAUAUUUAUUCGUUUAUAUGUGCAUUUAUUAUCAUAGAUUUUACACAUUUUAUGUAUAAAUCAACAUGGUAGAAUUACUUCUUGAUCCAAAUAUACGACUAUGGGUGUUUCUUCCUAUAGUAAUCAUCACAUUUCUCGUCGGAAUAGUAAGACACUAUGUAUCUAUCAUUUUAUCUUCUCAGAAGAAAAUUGAACUUAUUCAAGUUCAAGACAGUCAAGUGAUGAUAAGAGCCAGGCUACUCCGUGAGAACGGCAAGUACUUGCCACGGCAGUCAUUUGCAAUGCGCCGCCACUGGUUCAACAAUGAGGAAACUGGUUAUUUUAAAGUGCAAAAACGUGCUGCUACUUCACAGAAUCCAAUGACAGACCCCGGCAUGAUGACAGACAUGUUGAAAGGCAAUGUGACCAAUGUGCUGCCCAUGAUUGUCAUUGGUGGGUGGAUCAACUGGAUGUUUAGUGGUUUUCUUACAACCAAAGUACCAUUCCCGUUGACACUCCGGUUUAAGCCGAUGUUGCAGCGAGGUGUGGAGCUUACGCACCUGGAUGCCUCAUGGGUGUCAUCCGCCUCUUGGUAUUUUCUGAACGUAUUCGGUCUACGCACCAUUUACGCUCUCGUACUUGGAGAGAACAAUGCUGCUGACCAGUCGAAGAUAAUGCAAGAGCAAAUGUCCGGAGCAGCGAUGGCGAUGCCUCCGGACCCCAAGGCCGCCUUCAAAGCAGAGUGGGAGGCUCUGGAGAUCACCGAGCAUAAGUGGGCGCUUGCCAAUGUUGAAGCGGAUUUGCUCACUACUGAGAAAUAGUGAUAACUUAAACAAAUGAUUACGAGAUGGAUUUAGACUGUAAAUACAAGUCUCUUAUCGAAGUGAAAAUAUCAGUAAAUGUGUAACAAACAUUAUCACCGAAUAUGUUAGUUAAAGAAUGUGCAGAAUUUAAAAAAGGAUUUAGCAAUUUUGUCGCCCCGGGCAAACUAUUUUGCCUCUAGCACUCAUCUGGUUUGACGUAGCUUGGGAUCUGCCUUAAAGUUGCACCUCGAGAAAUGUUUUUUAUUUGUUACUAUGCAUUUAAUUUUUUUAAUACAAAUUUUAGUGUAAUACAAAUGUUUAAAACAUUUGCAAAUAUAUUUUUUUUAAUGGGUGGUAAUGCGCUAUCGGUAUACGCUGGCGGGGCACCAGUGAGAGAAUUCAUCGUGAAGAAUGCCACGACAAUUAACCACUACGGUUUCAGGGGGAACCGCGUGGAAGUCAACCUGAUAGGAUACAUUGCUAGCAAUGGGGCUAUUAGACCCCAUUAUUGACAAUCCCUUUCCCACUGCAAUUUUACAUUACAAUGUAUUUCCGUAAUUGUUGAUAUCAAUACAUUAUUAGAUAAUUAAAUAAAUGUUUUAUUAUAUGUGUACAAGGGAAUGUUAUUUAAUUUAAUAAAACAAUAUAUGCAUUAAUAAAA